GGGGCCCGUGAGCGCCUUCCCUCCUUCCCUCCGAAACGGGCACACUGAGCCACAGGGCAACGGCGCAGAAACCCAGCCCGUGGGGACAUGAGGGAAUUUUGAUCCAAGCGGAGGGUUGUGUAAGAACAAAAGACAGAAGGAAAACACACAGAAACCUGCUUUAUUUGCUGUAACAGCCAUUAGGUUCAGUGUUCCAGCUUUGAACUCCCUAAUAUAUUUUGGCUCAUGAAAAUGGAUUAAGAAGAUACAGAAUCAUUCUUAAUAACAGACUUUCUCAAGCCCUUUGUGUGUAGGAGAGAGAGAAGUUUCCUGAAAUGUUAUACCCUUCAUGGAAACAAAUGUCAAGGAAAAGAAUGUGAACAAAACUUGGAGUAUUCUAUCAAGUGCUGAAGAAGCCCCUAGUAUCUCUAACACCUUCCCUUUAGAGCAGGUUUCACCAUCUAACGUGCCAGAUCUUCCCAGGAUUUUUCCCAAAGUAGUACAUCUAGAAGCUGGAUCCCAGAAAAGGUGACCAGGCACUGCAAUAGUAUCACAGCCGCCAGAUUCUUCAGACAUGUCUCGAACACCCUUCCCCAGAAGACCUCCCUUCAAGGUGUGUUAUAUCUGUGGCAGAGAAUUUGGAUCAAUGUCUAUUUCUAUACAUGAACCUAAGUGCCUAAAGAAGUGGCAUAUUGAGAACAAUCAGCUACCAAGGCACCUUAGAAGGCCAGAGCCCAGGAAACCUGAGGUCCCUGCUGGUGGUUCCUAUACGCUUGCAGAUGAAAAUGAGGCAGCUUAUUACAGUGCUCAAGCCCAGUUUGUGCCCUGUCGAAACUGUGGCCGAACCUUUUUUCCUGACCGUCUCCCUGUGCAUGAAAGGUGUUGCAAAGGAGGUAGCAAACGAGGUGUGAGGCUACCAGACUCUACCGCACAUAAAUCUGGUAAUGGUCCGAGAUCUGGAACUGGCUCAGCAAGUGGUGAUCCAUCUAAGGCCCAUCAAGGAAUGAGGAGGGCUGCACCAGGUGUAUCAGACCAGGCAAAAGUGAAAAGACAGCCACCAACAGUGAUUUGCUACAUAUGUGGCCGUGAGUAUGGAACAAAAUCUAUUAGUAUACAUGAGCCACAAUGCCUGAAAAAAUGGUACCAGGAGAAUGACAACCUCCCCAAGCACUUGAGAAGGCCAGAGCCCAAAAAGCCUGAAGUCAGAACCGUGCAAGCCAAAGGUUUCUAUGAUCUUGAUGCUUUAAAUGAGGCUGCCUGGACCAGUGCCCAAGCCCAGCUAGUUCCAUGUGAUAUUUGUGGGCGUACUUUUCUUCCAGACGGACUGAUCAUCCACCAGAGGUCCUGUAAACCAAAACGGGGAAAGUGAAGUGGAUGUAACACACAUGCAUACAAAUGCAUGCCUAGUCACACAGACACAGACUCACACACAUUUAUCCUAAGCUCAAUAAAAUACGUGUGUGUGUGUGCAUGUGCACACACACAUGAAUACACACACAGGCACCCGUACCUUUCAGACAGACCAUAAGAGAAUAAAAUUCAUCUGGAAAGACAUGGUCAUCAAAACUGUGUUGUGUAAUGAUAUCAUGUGCUCUCUAAAAGUCUCCAG